AUGUCUAAUUCACCUAUAACGCCGGAUGGGCCAGAUAAACCAAGUAAUGUACUGACAGACCCACUAACAGCACCUGUUGGUGCCAAUCAAUUGAAUAAUGUCGACAGUACAACAACUACUCCCACGGCACAUCCACAUAGAGUUUCAUUUAGUGAUAGUAAACCAGUUACCACUCCAAAUUCAAGAAAACCUUCACUAUUGCGCAAGGCGUCCCUGAAUAAUGUUCUGCCACACGAUCAUGAGAAUAAACAACGUCCCAUACUAUCCAAUAGUAACAAUAGCAGUACCCAUAGUAUCCAUAAAAUUGACACAUCAACCUCACGUCCAAACCAUAUAGCUAUCUAUCAGAACAAUAAUACGGUUGAUGGAGAACUCAAAUCAUUGGACAAAACUACGCUUUCUCCUUCGGCCACAAAUGGGAAACAUUUUAAUUUAUCAAUACCCCCAUCUAGAUCAAGAGAUAAAUCACCUGCUGGAAGUAUAAGUGGAAGUAGCAGGUCUAGAUCAUCAUCCAAUAAGCUUCAUAGUUCUGCCACAGGUGCCACAAGUAGCCAUUCAAAUUCAUUAUAUGUCGCCCAAGAGAAGGCAUAUUUGCGUAAGAUGAGAAACCAACAAGAUAAUGAUUAUUAUUCCAAGGGUAUAUCUGGAGCCAAUGAACCGCAAGCAGAAAACGAAGAAGAGGAGGAGGAUGAGGAAGAUUUAUUAACCGUAGAAGGUGGUGACAAUGCUAAUCUACUUGCUGCUAUUGAUGAUGACAAGUACCAGAUUGACUACAGUAUAGCAUUGUCGUUGAUGAAGAAUUCCAAUGUUAAUUUACGCAAGAUAGCUAAUUUAAAAUCAGAUGAGACCGAUGAUCCCGCUGUGAUUGAACGUUUGGAAUGGCAAUCAAUGCUUACGUCAGUUUUGACUGGUGAUGUGGUCAAAAGUGAAAAGACAAAAAUUAUCAACAUCAACAACCCCGAUAGUACACAGGAUUCUUAUGCCCAUUCUACUUUCAAGGACAAUUUGUGGUUUGGAAUUAGAGCUAAAAUGUUUCAUCGAACUGAAGAUGAACAACGUAAGGUGGUUGGUUACAGAAGAACAUUGGUUGACCAAUUGAUUGAUGAUAUCAUGCUGUUUGAAGUUGUCUAUGAUAACGUGACGCAGAACCCAAUUAGAGAGCAAGUACAGAAGGUGUUAGAUAGAUAUGAUCAAGCAUGCAGUUUAUGGAAAACCGCCGAGGAUAUGUAUAAUGACAAACCGGCAUGUCGCAGUGAAGAAUUCCAAAAUAGAAUUGAUGCAUUGACAGCUUGGGUUACAAUUACUGAUGCUAUUUCUAGAGAAACCAAAUCAUUACGUCUUUGGAUUGGUAACGAUGAGUUGGAUAUCACAAAAUCACCAGUUGAAACCCCAUCUGCCGAGCCAUCAUUAUCUGCCUCAUCCUCCGUAAGUUCAGAUUCUUCAAACAGUAAGAUUGUCAAGAAAAUAUUUGAUGAUGAUAACAAAUCACUUGCCGAACGUUUAAUGAAAGAGAAGGAUGUUCAAACGAUUUUCAGAAAAAGAGUUUUUAACCCAUUGUCUCCAUGGAUGAUAAAAUCUAAAGACACGUAUAUUAGAUUGGGAAGUAUGUUUGAGACAAUGAAACUACCUGAUUAUUUGCAUGAUUUGUUGCAAAUAUGUAUUAUACCUGUUAAAUUGAUCAAAGAGAUCAUUAUUGUACGAUUAAGUUAUGCUGUAAAAUUACAAAACCCCACUUUAAUGAUGAUAGACCAGAUGCUUGAAGAUUUUGAAUCUUAUACAAAGAUUGCAUUAGAAGUUAAGAGUGGGUUACUGGAAUAUAAAAGACCAGAUAAAGAUUCCAAGUGGCUUUUGAGUGAUUUGUUUGAUGCUGAGCUCCAAGAUUUCGACAAUGUUGUUUUGAAGAGUGUACGAUACUACUUGGUAUUACUUAACAGGAAACUUUUAGAUAGUUCCAGAUCUCCAACCACAUUCAGAACAUUUAAAGAACCAGAAGUUUUAGAAGGUGCGUGGGCAUUCUUAAAACCUUUGGGUCAUUCUAUUGAUGGUGGUAGUGUCGUAGUUGCCGAAGAAAUCACUCUUUUAGCACUGAGACUUAUCCACAGAUUACUGGCGUAUUUCAACCAUCAAAUAAGAGAACCCGCAUAUACGGGUCAGGAACAAGAUUUGAUUAGAUGGUAUACUUCGACAUCUGAGAAUUUUGGUCAAUUGCGCCGUAAACUAGCCAGAUUUACUGGUGAAAUUUCCAAGAGUUUUAAUAACUCUAUAUGCUAUGAACUCCCCAGCCAAGCGGAUGGUACUAAAACUUUGUUGGAUAUUUUAUUAGCCACCAACCAUUUCUUAGUUUAUACUGGAACUGUUGAAACUCAAGGGACUUAUUUUUUUGCCAGUUCUGAGUUAAUGGGAAAUAAACUGGAGAUUUUAAGAAUAUUAAGCGGGUCUUAUGUUGGAUUGGAUUAUAGUACUGAACAACUGCAUUUCACACGAUUAUUAACUUUGAUUCAACCGGAUACCACGGGCCAGAGUUCUUUUGCUAGUAGUCAUUUCGAGCCAGAGCCAUUUAAUGAUCCUGAAACCGAGUAUGCUUAUGUAUUAGCAUUAUGUCCUAUGAAACCAAUUGUUUGGGAAGGUCAAGUUGUCCAUGUAGACAUUGAUUCUGUACCAAUAACCGAUAUGAAUAAUGGUCAAUUGGUGGUAAUUUCCAAGGUUCCUUAUUUUAAUUUAGAUGUGAUUGGAGAAAGAUUCCUUGACUUGAUUGCUGAUGUAUCUGGAGGUAACGCUGGUUUGAAAUUAAUUGAAACCAGAUGUUCGUUAGCUAAAGUGCAACAAGAAUUAAAGAAGAUGAAUCGAGCUUUUUUCAAAAUGUGUUUAUCAGUACUAGAUGGGGUACAAAUUGUAAAGAAUAAAAUCUAUGAGCUUGAUCCACAAGGCGAAUAUCAAUCAUUGAUUAAUACUUAUUUCAUAUAUGCCCGUGACCAUGGCAAGAAUUAUAUCAGGGGAUUGGAUCCACAACGAAAACCCAUUGUUAUUAUGAGAAUGAUUCAAUUAUCUAUUGACUGGGUGAGUUUUAUUUGUGACGAUUGUAUUCCAACCGAUAGAAAAACAUUUAGAUGGUGUGUUUUGGCGUUGGAAUUUGCCAUGGAUAUGAUUCGUGGGAUUAAUAUUUUCCUAUUAUCUGAUCAACAAUUUAGAAUAUUGAAGAUGAAAGUCGCAAGAUGUAUGUCAUUGUUGAUAUCACAUUUUGAUAUCAUGGGUGCAAGAUCUAGUGAAGCAGAGAAGAAUAAAUUAUUGAAAUGGUCUUCACAACGUCAUAAUAUCAGCACUUCUCAAAACGAUGAUGAAUAUAUGCGUAAAGCUUAUCAUGAUGAAUUGAUGGGACAAAUUGAAGAAAUUGAAAACUAUAGAAACGAAUUGCUGGAAGAAUUGCAAUCUGUGGGUAGAGUUUUAGAUGUGAGUGAUCUGGAAUAUCAUUUUGUUACGCUAUUAGCUUCAUCAUUCUCAAGUGUUUCUAUUAGAUGGCAAAAGGGACAAUGUAUCGGAAGAGGUACGUUUGGAUCUGUUUAUUCUGCUGUUAAUUUGGAUACUGGUGGUGUAAUGGCUGUUAAAGAGAUUAGAUUCCAUGAUAGUCAAUCGAUCAAAACAAUGGUUUCCCUGAUUAAAGAAGAAAUGACUGUUUUGGAAAUGUUGAAUCAUCCAAACAUUGUUCAGUAUUUCGGGGUUGAAGUUCAUCGUGAUAAAGUUUAUAUAUUUAUGGAGUUCUGUGAAGGUGGUUCACUUGCGGGAUUAUUAACUCAUGGUAGAAUUGAAGACGAAAUGGUUAUCCAAGUGUACACUUUACAAAUGUUGGAAGGUUUAGCUUACUUACAUCAAUCUGGAGUUGCUCAUAGAGAUAUUAAACCAGAGAAUAUAUUGUUGGAUCAUAAUGGUGUUAUCAAGUUUGUUGAUUUUGGUGCUGCUAAAGUGAUUGCCAAUAGUGGAAGAACUAGAAGUGGCACAGCCAACCUUUCACUUCGUAGAUCCAUUCAAAGUAAUAAUGGUGGUAGCAAUGGUCAACAACAAGAAGAUAAUUUGAAUUCUAUGACGGGUACACCAAUGUACAUGUCCCCAGAAGCUAUUACUGGUGCUGCCACAGAAAAAAGUGGAGUUGUUGAUAUUUGGUCAUUGGGAUGUUGUGUUUUAGAAAUGGCCACAGGAAGAAGACCAUGGGCUAAUUUAGAUAAUGAAUGGGCUAUAAUGUACCAUAUUGCAGCUGGCCAUAAACCACAGCUUCCAUCUCCAGAACAAUUGAGUCAAGAAGGUAGAAAUUUCUUGGCCAGAUGUCUUGAACACGAUCCAGCAAAGAGACCAAGUGCUGUUGAGUUAUUAUCUGAUCCAUGGAUGGUUGACAUUAGGCAACAAGCAUUUGGUACUUCUGAUCUAGUAACUACACCAUCAUCUGAAAUAUCAGGUCCUAUUCCUGAAUAA